UGGGGCAGGCUUGUGUAUUUUUUUUCCGCGGCUUGUUUUCACUCGGAGUGAGGGAUCGGAGUUGGCAAAACAAAUGUGUGCCGUGAAGUCAGGAGUCGGUGUAUUACAGCAGUUCAGGUGGAUUUAGAUGAUGGACACGGAGAAGAGAGCGCAAGGGAGUACACGCGGACUACGCGAUCAGAUUUCACCGCUGCAUUUCACGAAUCAGUAACAUCUAAACAUUUUCUCAGACUCGUAUGACAACAGCGGUCGAUCAGUGGCCGCUGAUGGUGCCACCGCAGGACACUCAUUAAUGGUGGCAAAGCUUCUGUCAUUAAACUGACCUCAUCAAACACCUCCAAAGCAUCUGGACGGCACUCUUACACCCUUUGGAGACAUGAAGGGAGAGCAUAAACGUAUUUGACUUCUACAUUGAAAACAAUCAACAAUCUUUUUCCUGCCAAGUUGAUCUCGAAACUCUGCGGCCCAGCCAUGUCAGGAUCCCCGGGCUCGAGUGGCUCCAACCCGCGGAAGUUCAGCGAGAAGAUCGCGCUUCACAACCAAAAACAGGCGGAGGAGACGCGGGCCUUCGAGCAGCUCAUGACAGACCUAACCGUCUCAAGGGUGCAGUUUCAGAAGGUCCAGCAGCUCCGGCUGUCUCAGAACCGGGCCCAAUACUAUGGCGGCUCUCUGCCUAACGUCAACCAGAUAGGCAAUGCCACCACUGAUUUCCAGGGUGCGUUUCCCUCCGGUCUGGACUCAGUCAGAGGGACUAGACAUCACGGUCUGGUGGAGAGGGUCCAUCGAGACCGCAAUCGGAUCAACUCUCCGCAUCGCAGACCAAUUGACAAGCAUGGACGGCAGGCUGAGAGUUCUCCAUAUGGAAACAUGUACCUUUCUCCUCCUCCUGACAACAACUGGAGAAGGGAGCAACCGCCGUGGACCGAAGAGAAACGACCUGGAUUUAGAUUAAUAUCACAACUUAACAGAACGAACUCUGACUCAGCUCUGCACACCAGCGCCAUGAAUCCAAACCCACAGGAUCCUUUUGGCAUGAACCAGCAGAUGGGCAGAGGCCCUCCCCAACGAAACGCCAGCAUGAAUGAAGCAGAGGGGGACGGUACUGGAGAUGUUUUCUCAUUUCCUGCUGUCCCGAAUGAGGAGAAUUUAAUUGGUGUUAAUAAACCACUGCCCAAACAGUUAUGGGAUGCCAAAAAGGCGCAGUCUUUGUCCUCCAGGCCAAGGUCCUGUGAAGUGCCUGGAAUCAAUAUAUUUCCUUCACCUGAGCAGAACGCGGGUCUGUCUCACUAUCAGGGCACUUUAAACACGGGCGGCUCCCUGCCUGACCUCAGUAACCUGCACUUCCCAUCUCCGCUCCCCACCCCUCUCGACCCUGAUGAGACUGGUUAUCCCAACCUGAGCGGAGGCAGCAGCACGGGCAACCUCCCCGCUGCCAUGAUGCACCUGGGAAUCGGAAACUCGCAAGGACUGUCAUCUUCUCUGAGCAACCCUUCCAUCCAGGCAUCCCUCACCAACUCUCAGCUGCACUCGUCUCUCAGUAAUCCAUCUAUCCACUCGUCCCUGCGUCUCUCUUCGCUUUCCAACCCUCCUCCUACGGGCAUGGCGAGUUCACCCAGGAGACGGCCGGCUCCCAUCAGCCCUCUCACGCUCUCACCAGGGGGCGAUCAGCGGCGAAGCCUUAGCAAGCAGCUCUCCCCAACCAUGUCCCCAUCUCUAUCUCCAAUUACACAGGGUGUUGCCUUGGACACCAGCAACUUACCGAUGGAGCCGCCCCCUCCUUAUCCUCUUUACCAGCAAUCCCAGCAGUCCCUGCAGCAGCAGCAAGCGCCUCCCCAGUCCCAUUCAUCUGUCCAGCAAAGUUCCCAGCAUUCGGUGCAACAGCGACAGCCUCAGGGCAGCCAGCAACAGCAUCAGCCUGUGUCUCCUCAGCUUGAUUUUAAUUCAAGUGCUCACACCAGCAUGGGAGCGUUUUUCAAUGAUCCCUUUAUGGAACCACAGUUCUUCGGACGCCCGUCCAAAUGUUCAUCCUAUCAGCAGGAUCAGUUUAAUAUGUUGGAGAACGUCAUGAGCUCUAUGGCAGGUGGAUUCGACCCUUCGUCUAACCUCUACUGCUCCCAGACUGGCCUCAUGGGCUUUGGUGGUAACCAUGGCAACCUACAAGACCACUUUCAAAUGAGACCCAACAUGCUGUACUCUAAUUGUGGAGGAGGGGUGCCCAACAUUAUUCUUACAGAUGACUCCAAUCCAAGCCUAUCUAAGGACAUCAGCAGUGUGUUGUCCGCAGUGCCCGAGUGUUUGGACUCCGAGGGAGUUUUCCCGCUAGAGGAUGAACUGCGUAUCGAGCCACUCAGCCUGGAUGGACUGAGCAUGCUCAGUGACCCGGACAUGGUCCUCCCUGAUCCCUCAGUGGAGGACAGCUUCCGCAGCGACAGACUUUAAAAAGCCACGUGCACAUCGACGUACAUACAAAGUCCAUGAACGUGAAGCACACAACCAACAGCACUCGGAUGUUCUGUCUCUACUAUUUUCCCAAACAAGAAACGCAUGCAUAAACACUACAUGUUGAUAAAAAGUGAAUCAUCAGACUUGCAUGUGUCAGCCAGACGGUGUCUGUCGCUGGCCGAUCUCCCCCGGCAUGUUUCAUAUUCUUGCCGAGACACCGCCGUUCAUCUGUCGUCAAAUGAGCUAGGCUGAUCUGAACGCUUUUCGCGUGCUACAACCUGCAAUGGACAGCUGUGCAAAGUUAAGCCACAUGCUGUGUUUCCACUUCUUGUGACAAUCAGAACACACUGAAGCCAUACAAAUGCCAAAUGGAUACCAGCAACAGGCCUCGAUGGUGGCCCUAAUACAAAGCCAUGUAACCAAAACAAAAUGAAUGUGCUCGUUUUACACUUCGCUUUCGGAUAUUAUCAGAUCGCUUUCAUAUUCGAUAGCAGCAAAACGAUUGGAAGCCUCCCAGGACAGUCCUGUCUUUAGGCUGUGAAUGUGGAGUCUGGGUUAGAGAUGGUGCGAAGACGACAAUAUGACGUGUUAUGGAACAGAAGGGGUCGACAGGCGGACUAAUACCAGCCCAUAUUGAUGCACCAAAUGCUGUGAUACGAGACACGGUAACGAUGGGAUAAGCCACCUCCGUUUUAGGACCAGAAACACAUCAGUGAACUGCCUGGAUCGGACUUCUAACACCAGAUGUGCAUCUACGCUCAUAAAGUCUCGGGUGCAUGUUGUUGUUUAUAGCAUGCGCUAAGCUAAUUUCGUGGUAAUGCUUUGUAACUGGUUUUCUGACCAAUCGGUGGUCACCUUGCUGGCCUAUGGGUGAGUCGCAGCCACAUGUAAAGGCUGUGACAGGUCAGUCCGUCCUUCAGAUGCUCAAAAUGUGGCCAGUCCCAUCAUUCAAAUGAAUUACAGCUAUCCAAGAGAAGAGGAAUCUUGCUAAUGUGUACAGAGCAUUAUUUUGAAAAUUCUUUGCGUAUUUUUGUAUAAAAUGAAAAAGAAAACUUUGCCACACAUUUGUGAAGCAAAGUCCUAUUUCUGUCUGACUAGAAUGUAUUUUUGAAACAGAAAAAGGGCAAGCUGUUUACAAAGAUCACGUUUGAAAACUACAAAUUACAUAUGCGACGUUGAAAUUUUUAUGAUUUUGGUAACAUUUGUAUCUUGUUAAUAUUGAGCUUGGCUAUGCAGAACUUUAGCACAGGAGAGUCUCAGACGGCUUGAACAAUCUAGACCAUCAAAAGGAACUAUUUUACUUGUAUAUAUAUAUACUAUAUCUUUGUGCUUAUUUGAGAUUUUAUACAGACUUGUAUGCAGCUUCUAUUAUGUCAUUUGUAUUUGUUAAUCUGUUCAUGUUUUUAUUCCCGUCUGCUUUUGUGAACGUUUUUCGUGAUUGGUAUUUUUCGAUGUUGUCCGGCUUGGACCCUCUUUCUGCAGCGCUGAUCCUUUUAAGGGGUUUUAAAAAUAAUAGGUGGACGUGGGACACAUGUAUCAUUGUUAUUGCUCAUGUUGAGGUUUGCACUGAUGAUCUGAACAAAAUUGAUUUCUUGGUUUUAAGAAGUAAAAUCAUGUUUUGGGGUAGAGGUGUUUGAAAUUAUUUGGUUUUACGUAUUGCUGCUUAGAAGGUGUUUGCCUUCCCAGCAUGUCGUUCAUGUAGAAUUAAUGCAGUGCAUUUUGCGAAUGGCUGAAUUUAAAUGACCAAAUAUUUUGAGAUGAAGAACGAUGUCUAAAUAUAGCUCAGGAAUGUGUUUUCAUCAUAUCAUACAUGGUUCUGUGAUGAGUAUCCAGGGUUGAGUACCUGUCUACUGCCUCCUGACCGUCAGAGAACCAGAUUUUAAAAAAUGUUUAUUUGUGUAAUUAUUUUGUGUAGCUUUUUAUUUCUAAAAUAGUUAGUGAUAAAGGGCGAUAACAACGCUAUAUGUGUGCCAUGUCCACGUUCUUUUGUUUUCCCCUUCUCAUCAUAGUGUUUUGGUCAAAGGCAUCUUGACGUGCUUGUCAAAAUGGCGCACAACUAUUUUUAUUGGCUUCGUGAAAAGUGGAUAAACCAAUAAUGACAUUUAAGUAAAAGUCUUUGUGUGCAUGUUAUUUGGUGUGGUUUAAUAAGGCAAGAACUGACAGAAACAAUGAUGGGGAGAUUUACGAAAACUUGUACAAAAGGUUAUUCUGAGCAUUAUCUCUGCAGUCAAUGAGAUUAAGCUUUCACCCCAUGGCUACACUUAUUUUUUAUUUGUGUAACAUUGUUCUUUUUGGAUGUAUUUUUUGCAUCUUUAAUAACAAGAACAUCAACUUAGCUGUAGGUUUGGGGUAUAGGGCAUGUUUUUGCUGCAUCAUGUGUCUGUUAAAAAGUGUGCAUCUUUUUAUAUAGCUGGCAAACUAGUCUGUCACCUAUCAAUUUAACUUUAGUUUUUCUUCAAUAGUUACAGUGGUAACACAUUUCCAGGGGUUGAGUGAAUUUGUUUUGGGUUUCCAUCGCUCGCUUAUUCUGCCCUUCUGGAUAGAAGUCUUGUCUUUGGCCUUAUUUUUUCUCAUCUGUGACCACUAGCUGUCCCUUUAAUCGUACUGUGAUAUUUGGGUUUUUGUAGUUUCCCAUUUCCAGACCCUGUGUUCUGAUGGCAAAAGGAUUUUUGUUUUAAUAUAGUCUUCAUUACAGAUACUAGUUAUAUUUUUCUUCUGUUUAUAGUUUUUUUUUAUUGUUUUGGCUUUUUGACAACUUUAAAAAAAAAUGUACAGUUAUAUUAUUUAAAGAAAAUAUUUUCUUGUUCACUAGUGUUACUUUUUGUAAUAUGCCAUAUUAGAUUUUUCUUUUUCAGAUAUUGCAAUUUUACUACACCACAAGGCGUUUGGUUGUGAAGUAUGUUAUAGUGCUUUUCCUUUGAUUUAAUAUAAACAAAUAAAACUAUUUACUGUCUGUCAGAUGUCUGCAGUUGGUUUUAUUUUUUGUUUAACAUUCAAUAAAGCAUUUUCUCGCAUUUGCAG